CUUUUUCGCGAUGGUAACACCUUGACGUUCGUGAAACAUUAUAAGGGUUGAAGUUAAUGUGAUUUUAGUCAGUUUAAUUUUCGAUGCCAUAGAUACAUGAUAACGACCCAGCAAACAUAAAGUAACAGUAAUACAACUAUUAGUUAUAAUUUCCUAUUCAACGGUAUAACUAUUAUGACACACGCGUUAUAUUGCAUUUACAUUGUUGAGUGAGAAGUUAUAACGAGCAGUUAUAUAAUUGUUACUUGAUGUUUGCAUUGCAUCUCAUGAAUGGGGGAGGUAAAUGUACACUCGUAAGAUAGCUCUCGAGAGAUAAUGCACAGAUGUAUAUUUUCAUCAUUAAGGAAACGAACUUCUCAAAUGACAUUGUUAACUUGUAAUAAUAUACAGUGCACGUGUAAACGUAAUUAGUAACGUCGUACUCGGUAAAAGAAGAGGGAAAAAAACAGAUGUAAUUGUUAAACAAUCGUCGAAUCCGUUUUCAACGUAAAUGUAUUACACUUCCUCGCCAUCCGUAAUGUCCUAAAUAUUAUAUUUGCAUAUAAAAUUUUUAUCUGUUUAAAUAUUAUGUAUUCGUUCCUUCGCGUGAACAUGCACUAUAAAGUAGUAUUAUUGUAUUUUUUUCUGAUCUCUUUUUCUCUCUCUCUCUUUCUCUCUGCCUUAAACGUCGCCUGAAAUGAUUACGCGAGAUACACGAGGUACGUCGAAUACAUUAUCAAAUUUUACGAAAGCGCAUCCACAAAGACCGUCUCAUAAUGAAAACGCUUAUAAAACACGCUACAGUACAGUAAAGUGACAUACGCAUUAUAAUACAAGUAGAACACGUGGACAGUCUUUUUUAACACAGCGCUAAUUAGCGAACAACGGAUUAUUUAUUUUAUUCUACACUGCUGCCUCUAGAUUUUCCGUUAGGGAUACAACAAUGGCAGAAUCUAUGUGUCCUGAAUUGGAUUCCUUUGUGAAUCAAGCAGCGUUAUUAUAUAGGAGACAAAAAUAUGAAGACGCGGCUAUUAUAUAUCAACAGUGUCUUGACAUAAUGAGUGACGUGGAAACAAAAGAAGAAAAGAUUACGCCCACUGGUAAACUGACGUACUUGGAUCAAUUGGAGUAUAUGUUAUGUGUCUGUUUAUUAGAGUCAAAUAAAUAUGAGAAUUUAUGGAAUGCGUUCAUCCGACUUAUUGCAUUGAAGUCUACUUACGGGAAUGCUUUUCCCGCAACUUAUUAUGCUCUAGCGAAAAUAUAUAUGAAGAUGUAUAUUUUUUUUUCGGCGGCGGAAGAAAUCAGGCAAGGCAUUUCUUUCUUGUACACUCAUGCGCCAUUCGACUCCUACUUUAUUCCACAAACGACUAGUAUCAUAGAAGAAACUACGCGAAUUGGUUUGCUCUUCAAACUUAACAUUAUACGUAACGAUUGUGUGUUGCUCAACAAUCCGGAUGCGAUUUGUUACUUGGACUCAAAGUGCAAAAAUCAUCUACCGUCGAUAAUCGCCAAAAUAUCAGGGCAGGAAACAAAUAAAGCUAUAUACCUUAAAGAUCCACAUUUUAAAGGUAUGGUUACAUUAAUCUGCAGCAAUCAUAUACCGUGUCUAUUACAGUAUCAUUGGAUUUGUUGGGAAUACUUGAAGGAACUUAAUGAUAUAAUAGAUAAUAGGGAUAUAUUUAAUAUUAAUUGCUUCAAUAAAAAGUGCAAAACUGAACGUAUUCCGAAUAAAUUUAUGCAAAUCGAGGUGAUCGGGAAGGACGGUGAACUUGUCGAGACUUUUAUAUCAAAAAAUAAACCUAAAAAAUCAAACAGUAUCAUGAAAGUGGUGACUGACAUCGAUGCGAAGGGCAAGUCAAAAUUUGUGACUUGCCGAACGGUACCUAUAAGCCAAAUAAAACGAAAGAAUAUAGAGGAAGCAUCUGAGGAAAGCCCCGAAAAGCGCGAAAUAUUCAAUACAUACAUUAACAGCAUACAAAAAGUUCUCGAUGAUUAUGAACAACAAUGCGGUACGAAAAAGAAGGUGACAUUCAGAACUCUGGACGAAAUUACGGAGAAAGACGAUUCUAGCAAAUCUUUUGCAAUAUAUAAACGAAAGGACAAAGACAUAGACGAAAUAUCUACAGCCACAAAUGUUUCAUUCGAUGAUGACCAAUCCUUUGAAGAAUACACUGAUGAAGAAUUGAUUGUACUAAACAAAUAUAUAGACGAAUAUAUAAAGGAUUCUACUUCUAAACAGAAACAACCUAGCGUUACAAAAAACUAUGACGGUGCAGCGAAAUUAACAAGCGAAUUUGAGUUUAUAUCUGCUAAUGAUUAUAUAUCUAAGAGUCUACAUAAUAAAAGUGAUUCUUGCAGCAGCAAAAAAGUUAAACCCAAACAUUUGGAAGAUUUCGAUCAAAGUUUAACCAAGAACUUAAAUUCAUCGGCGAGCAGUAAAAGUAGUAAAGCCAGAAAUCAAAACUCAAACAAGACUUCGCCAUUCAAACAUUCUUUCAGUGAGAUAAUCAACAAAAUGAAGAAAAAUGUGGAGAAGAGCAUGGAAAAAUUGAAACCGGUUUUCUUUAAAUUUGUUACAAUGGAGAAUAAUAAAUCAUUGAGUACAAAAUAUCUAUCUAACAACGAAGAAAGAGAGAGUGAAAAAGGAGAGAGUACUGGUUGCAACAAAACGGUAACUGGUGCAACGAAUUUCCAGGAACAUAACGUUAAAAGAAAAAUAUCUUUCGAUUCGUGUACACAUGACGAAAAUAUAGAAAAUAAUAAUGAUACAGUUCAUAAAUCACACCAUCAUACAGCAGACGGAAACUUGGAACGGAACUUGGUUGAGGAUCUCGACAAGAUCGAAAUUGCCAAUCAGGAAAGCGAACCGUUACUUUUGAACAAGAGCAAAACCUUCAUUAAUAAUUUAAAAAUUAAGAACAUUUUCAAGAGUCCAUACAAUCAUUCACCGCGAAGCAAGUCGCGCAGCCAGUAUAUAUUAGGACACGAAUAUUACAUACAUCUUUUGGACAAUGCUGCGCAACUAGAAGAGAAAAAAGAUAUCAUAAAUAGGCAGGAAGCAGUGAUUCAGGAUCUCAGUGAAAAGAUAGAACGUCUCACAAGUGAGCUUACCAUCCUGAAGCAUCAGUUCAGAGUGGAUGAUUUGGUUUUAGAACAGAAGAUAGUAGGAUCAUCGUUGCAGAAGUUUAGAUUGUUAAUUUCGGAAUCUGUAAGAGAACACAAACAGACAUUGAAGAAUUAUUACGAAGAAAAUAUGGAAAAGGAAAACAAGAAAAUAAAGGAGGAAUACGAAAAGAUUAUACUCAAAUAUGAACAAAGAAAUAUUGCGUUGCAUACAAAUCUAGAGAUAAAGGAGAAGGAGUUCAUCUAUCUCAGCUCGAAAUUAGAGUCCACGAAUAAGGAAUACUUGGAUUUUAAAACAGAAAUACUCACGAAACGCUUGACUGACCAAUAUAAUAAAAGUAAUUUGUUGAUAAACAAGAACAUAUAUUUUUACGAAAAUGCACUUAAUAUAAUGAAAAUAAUAGAACGUAUAUUUAAUGCAAUUGUUGGAGAAAAAUUAUCGUAUGUGGCACAGGAGUUACAAUCUUGGCAGGACAAUAUUACUUUUUUACGUAAAGAACUUAAAAAUUGUCAGGAAGCGUACAUGCAUGGAACGAUUCAAUUGAAGAAGAAAGAAUAUAUUGAUAAAAUUAACGAUAUACCGUGGGUAAAUUAUACGGCACCUGAAAUUUCUAACACUAUUUUAUCCUCAUAUGUGUUUAACGCUUUCAUAGAAUUUUACAACAAACUAAUGGAAAAAUGUUGCCAAGAUAAGUCGUCUUUACCGCAACAAAUACCGUCUAUAGAUAUAAUAAAAGAUUUAUUAAUUACUGUGGAAGCUAUUGUACAUAGAACAAAUAAUGACGAUAUGAAUCAAGUCAGUACUGAAGAUGCUGAAACUUCCGAAUUACAAGCCAAUAAAGAAAACAAUAUGUGUAAGCAACAUUCUGCAGAUGAUAAACAUGAGGAUAUUUUGGCCAGUCAAUAUAAAUGCCAAGAAAAAGAAAGAACUGAAUAUGAAAAACAGCAAGAUAAUGAUAUAUUAACUCUCACAUUACGAGAUAUAUACUAUUAUAAAAAUCGCUAUAGGAAAUCAGAGGAAUGUGAAGGACAUAAUAUAAAUGACAUUACCGAUUGCAAAGAGGAAAUUGAUGAGGAAGUGACGACAAGUGAGAUGAAUUUAGUUAGCGAUAAAGUAGCAAAUAAAUCUGAUGAAGAUAUUAACAAAAAAGAAAUUGUAAAUGAAGUUAAUAAAGCUAACAAUAAGAUAGAAAUUAUAAUGAAGCUAAAUGAUGAUUGUGAUAGUAUGGAAAAUUUUUCUCCUAAAGGAAAGAAAAGUGAAGGAAUAAUUAUAACGGAGCUAAGUGAUGAUAAUGAUAAUAUGGAAAAUCUUUCCUCUAAAGAAAAUAAAAGUGAAGGAGUAAUUAUAACGAAGCUAAGUGACGAUAAUAAUAGUAUGGAAAAUCUUUCCCCUAAAGGAAAGAAGAGUGAGGGAAUAAUUAUAACGAAGCUAAAUGAUAACAAUGAUAGUAUGAAAAAUCUUUCCCCUAAAAGAGAAAAGAGUAAAGGAAUAAUUAUAAUGGAGCUAAGUAGUGAUAGUGAUAGUAUGAAAAAUUUUUCUCCUAAAGGAAAGAAAAGUGAAGGAGUAAUUAUAACGGAGCUAAGUGAUGAUAGGGAUAGUAUGAAAAAUAUUUUCUUUAAAAAAAAAAAGAGUGAUAUCGUUAUCUAUGACGGAAAGCAGAUUAAUGAAGGAGUGACGAUAAGCGAAGUGACGGCAAGCGAAACAAAUCGAGCUAGUGAUGAAGGACCAACUUUAGAUAAGGCAAAUGAAGUUAAUGAUGAGAAAAUAAUUGACAAAUUGCAUGGAGGUAUUGAGAGAAUAACACAUGAAUUGGUUGAUUCUGAUAUUGACGAAAUGAUUACAAGUGAAUUGAAUGAAAAUAACAAAAUAAUUCUAAGCGGGUGCUAUAGUAAUAAGGACAGUGACAGUGAUGAGGAAAACCUCCCUGAAGAAAACAAGAGUAAUAUUCUUACCUAUUACAAAACACUAAUUAAUGAAAAAUAUAUGCUUCCUUUGAAGCAUUAUGACUCAGAUUUGUGGAAUAAUUUGACGCAAGGCACAAUACAAAACCAAUUUGAAGUAAUAACAGUUAAUAAUAAAAUAACGAUAUUAACAAAUUCAAACAAGCUAGUUUCAAAACGCAAAAGCAUAUGUUCAAAAAAGAUAAAUAAAAAUAUAUUUAAUAAAAAUAAGAAGCAUAUUGAAAAAGAGAUGAACGCAAUAAAUGACCUGUUGUCUACGAUGUUACAAAAUUUUCCAAAUCUUGCGAGUACAGAAAUAUUAAACGGCAUAAUGACAAUGAAAGAUACGGGUAUGAUUAUAUCAAAAGUAUCUCAAGAAUUUGUGAUAAAGGAGUUACACUAUUUAAUAACAAAAGCAAAUGCGCAUGGAAUUCCUUUGUUUACCAAAAAUCAAAUCAAAGAAAUCAAAUUAAACAACUAGAAAAUUAUUCAAAUGAAACAGAUGCAAAGGAAGACAACUUACAAAUUAACCCGAAAUUAGCACGUUCAAAAAAAAUUAAAAAAAAAUCUCGACCUAGAAAAAAUUAAAACCAAGAAAAAUCAAUAAAAAAAGAGAACUCAGGAAAAAUUGGCACAAAUUACGCUUAUCAGGGAGAAACUAGUUCGAAAGAAUGCUAACUGAGAAAAAAAAUUAACUCACUGGAAACUAUCCCAAUCUACAAAUAAUCAGUUUGGAAAAACUACUUCAGAAAAAAUUAUUAAAAAAAAAACUGUUUUUGGAGAAGCUAACUCGAUAGAAACCAGCUCAGAAAAAACUACACCAUAGAGAACUACUUCAGAAAGUAACUGUUUAGGAAAAAAUAGUCCAGCAGCAACUAUUUAAAGGAACAGUAAUUUAAAACAAAAUCUCUCUCUAAAAAAAAUCAGCACUGGAGAAUUUAUAGUUUGUGAGGAACCAGAGUCACAUACACACAAGAUAUUGAUUUAUAAGAUGACAAGAAGAAUACAAUUCACAUUAUUAGAUGGUUUUUUAUUAAAUCUGCAAAUUGCGAUUUAUUAUACAUUUCUAUUUACAAAAUGAAAUUAUUAACUCCACCAGAAACUGAUUGAAAAACUCGAAGUGAGAGCGGUUACGUGGUGCCACCACUUUGGUGGAAUAUACAACAUUUCCCCUGGUUUUAAAUAACACAUCAUACCUUUAGCCUUGCAAAAAUUUGGCCACUUAGUGUAAUCUGGAUUUAUCGGAUCCACUUGCGCAGUAUUGUUGAGUAAUCUUGUAGUUUUGGCACCUGAGAAAGCAAGUUAUUUUUCGGAUCAAAGUGCAAGGGCGACACUGUACCACUAGGGCCAAACCAUGCAUUUAUAUCAGGUGGUUCUACGUCAUUAUCCACAUUGUCUGAAAAACUACAAUAUUCUGGUAUUGCGAAAUCUUCUUUUAGUUCUGGUAUCUGAGAGAAAUUUUGAAAGAUUUUACAUUAGUAGACUAGUAUUAUGUUAGAGAAUUACGUUAGAAAUACUUUAAAUUGAUUUGACUAAUUUGUUAUACUAAUUAUAUAAUUACCUGUUCGAAAAGUUGAUGCUGCGCUAAAUAACCGACUUGACUAUUACUUGUAAUAACAUGCUUUCGUAAAAAUUCGGAAAAACUAACAAGAUGCUGAGUCCAAUCCUCCUCAGUAUAACGAGAUCCGAUUUCGAUCGGUAUUGUCCGAGAUCCCGCAAUUUUAUGUAGGUAGUCAGGAUUCUUCCAUAAUGUUAAUGCUUUCCAAUGUCUCAUGCAACCUAAGGAGAUGCAUCAAAUAAAUACUUAAUCAUUUUCUAUAAACAAUUUUCGAUGGCACAUGUAAAGUAUUAUUGAAUUGUUAUGUAAAUGAAUUUACAUACAAUACAUGUAAAGUAUGUGCAUAUAAAUGGUUACAUGCACAUAUAUUUAUAUUGUUCUUAUGACUUUGUGCAUCGUGAUAAAAUGCAAUAUAUAGAAUCAGUUUUAUUAUUAUUUUAUUAUUAUUUUAUUUAUUAUUUUAUUAAUUUUAUAUAUAUAUAUAUAUAUAUAUAUAUAUAUAUAUAUAUAUAUAUAUAUAUAUAUGAGAUUUUAUAUAAUUCGUUCUUUUACCUGUUAAUACGGCUGGAUAUUUUGGCAUAAAAACCUGUUUGUAAAACAAUUCCAUUGAAGGUUCCUUAUAAUGUAUUAUUUCCAAAAAUCCAGAUAAAAUUGCAUCAUUGAUUUUAUCACUGUUAAUUGGAAUUUCCUCUAAAUUUGCGCCGUCAGAUUCAUCUAAUAGAAAUGUGGAAAGUAGACUGCUUUUAUAAUAUUGUUAUUGAAUUAUUGUACAUAAUUUUAUUAUUGUAUUAGUAACGCAAAAAUCUUUACCGAUACAAUAGCUGUUCAAUUUGGCAGCAGUAGUUGUUAAUAAAUUUGGCAUACUGGAAAGAGGCGCACCUAAUAGAAUACCUUUGUCAAUUUGGCUAAUAAUAUUCCUUAAUGUAGCCUUUUUUUCUUUCUCAGUGAAAUUCCCAGCAUUAAGUUCAUACUGAAGUUCUAAUAGUGCUGCCUAAAUAUAGAGUGCAAUUUCAAAUAAAGUUAAUCAGUAUAUGCAUUUGAAUGAUGAAAGAUAUGGAAUGUAUAAAUAAUUUUUUAUACCUUUAUGACAAUGCACAAAGAAUAACAAUAUCUGUAUUCUAUGGGGACAUCUUUCCAGUAGCCAGAAUUCAAUGCUUCCCAUGUGCGAUCUAAACAAGCUUCUAUUCUUGUUAUCGAAGUGCUUAUCCAUGUUUCUGAUGUUCUUGUGAGAAGAAAUUUUUAUGUAUUUUAUGUAAUACAUUGAAUAUUUAUAUGAAAUAAAAGAUCUGAUGAAUAUGCACAGUCUAUAAGGA